AUGGCAGCUUCUCAGGGGCUGCUGACAUUCCAGGAUGUGACCAUGGAUUUCACUCAAGAGGAGUGGGAAUGCCUGGACCUUGGUCAGCGGGAAUUGUACAGGGACGUGAUGUUAGAGAACUACGGGAAUCUGUCCUGCUUGGGUCUUGUGGUCUCUAAGCCAGACCUGGUCACGUUUCUGGAGCAAAUGAAGGAUCCCUGGGAUGUAAGGAGAAUGGAGACAGCCAUAUACCCAAGUAUGUGUCUAUGA